CACGAUUCUCCAACAUCACAAUGUGGCCCACGCAUGAUCUGUCAGGUGAAGGGAUCGUCCCAUCUCAGCCUCCACUCUCCGACUUUACCCGCCAGAACUAGCAUACACUUUCCCCCACUGAGUCUCAUCCUCUCUUCUCUUCUUACCAUCACUUCCAUCUCCGACCCAAUGUGUCGUUGUUCGAUUUGGCACACAAUCCUCAAGCCGUUGGGCUGAUAGCACCGCAUUCCCCUACAACCACGCAACUUUGGCCAACAUCCGGCCCCAACGCUGCACUCAUACGAGGCUGGAAACCACUUGUCCUCAUUUGAAACGUCUCUGCUGUACUGGCCGACUCGGAGCGACUAGCUUGGCAUUGCCCUCCCCGUUAUUGUACUCAAUUCAGGACACUUUUUUUUUUUUCAAAAUACUGCCAUGGGGUUCUUACACUGCAUGUAUAAAGGGGGUUUGGCCUUUGCUGCGGCCGCUCGCUGUGGGCUCAUCUCAUUAUUGCCGCUGCUGCCUUUGCCAAGCGCCAUUCACUAUUACGCCAGUUUGCUGUUAAGCCGGCGCUUUAGCCCUUGUGUCGCCCCUUCGCUUGCUAUUUCAUGUUGGCUGCUCCGCUACGUAUUCCGUAUCUUCUAUUGUCGCCUGCUCCUCUGCGUACUCCAUGUUCUUCGUUUGCCUCCCUGUCGACUGAUUUUCUAUGUAUGCGUAUCACGCAUCACUAGCACCACCAUGGCCGUUUUCCGCUAGAAACCUACAUUCCCCCUUAUUUAAAAUAGGAUAUCCUGCCCUAACCGAUGCGGAGGAGAUCCAUGUAGGAACUCGCAUGGGUUAUUUCUUGGGUGAUCUUAGUUGCUAAGAUAAUCCUCUUGGCAAGCUUUUGACUUGACUGAUUCGGUUUCGUUCAUUGUCGUUUGAGGUCACUUGGGCGUGUACGUAUGACCUACUUAGGCACCCAAUACUUAUAAGGUCA